UCCUAUUGGCUUAGAGCAUCUUCAUUAAAGUGCUACAGCGGCACAGUGUUUUAAGUGUAAACUUGCCCCUAGUAUCGAUGAAGCUUAUACUGGCAAAAAAAAAGUGCCUUUGCUGAUAUAGUUUAGAUACCAUUUCACCAAUAACUAGGCUAGCAAAAGCUCUUUUAUGCCAGUAUAACUUGAUCUGUGCAAGGAGGGUUUUGCUGGCAUAAAAAUACCAUCAAAAAUCACACCCCUACCUGAUGUUGCUAUGCUGGUAAGUUUCUAAUGUAGUCCUGACCUUUGCCUUUAAGGGGUAUAUGAUAUGGCUUGUUCUGACCUUAUUCCUCACUUCCUCUCAGCUGAUAUCGAGGAGUGGGAGACAGCCAUUCAGGACUAUCUUUCUUCACUCCACUACAUGAAAUGAGCCUUUUUUCACCAGGGGACUGAGUCUCAUUUUGCCCUUAAAGAUUUGUACUGUCCUUUGUUUACAGCAUCAAGGAUUUGCAUAAAUGCUAGUCUUUAAAGUUAUUCAUUUUGAUAUUUAUUUAUAAAAGAUGGAAGAAUGCAUAUUCAUUUAGAAGAAAGUCAAAACCGAUUCUGAGCUCUAUCAAGAGUAUAACAAAGGCUCUGUUAUGCUAUAAACAGGUUUCAGCAUUGCAUCACCCUAUCUCCAGUAACAGCAGCUCUUUUGUUCCAUGACCGAUGUGGCAGUUUUGAACACUUCAGUAGCUUACGAAAUGACCCAGAGUGGAGGAAAAUAUGAUUUCUAUAUUGGUCUCGUGUUGGCUAUGAGCUCCAGCAUUUUCAUUGGAGGGAGUUUCAUCCUAAAAAAGAAGGGUCUCCUCCGGCUGGCCAGGAAGGGCUCCAUGAGAGCAGGUCAAGGCGGUCAUGCAUAUCUUAAAGAGUGGCUGUGGUGGGCUGGACUUCUGUCAAUGGGAGCUGGUGAAGUAGCUAACUUUGCUGCUUAUGCAUUUGCACCAGCUACAUUAGUGACUCCAUUGGGAGCUCUCAGUGUUCUUGUAAGUGCCAUUCUUUCAUCCUAUUUUUUAAAUGAAAAACUUAAUCUGCAUGGAAAAAUUGGAUGUUUGUUAAGUAUAUUGGGGUCAACCGUGAUGGUCAUUCAUGCUCCACAAGAAGAGGAAGUAGAAACUUUGAGUGAAAUGUCUCACAAGCUAGGAGAUCCAGGUUUUGUGGUUUUUGCAACAGUUGUCGUCAUUGUGUCCUUAAUACUGAUAUUCGUGGUAGGACCUCGCCAUGGACAGACCAACAUUCUUGUGUACAUAACAAUCUGCUCUGUAAUUGGAGCAUUGUCAGUCUCCUGCGUGAAAGGCUUGGGCAUCACUAUCAAGGAACUUAUUGCAGGAAAACCUGUGCUAAAACAUUCUUUGUCCUGGAUUCUGCUGCUAAGUCUUAUAAUCUGUGUGAGCACACAGAUCAACUAUUUAAACAGAGCUCUGGAUAUAUUCAACACCUCCAUAGUGACUCCAAUAUAUUAUGUAUUCUUUACAACAUCUGUUUUAACUUGUUCUGCUAUUCUUUUCAAGGAGUGGCAACACAUGUCUGCUGCUGACAUUAUUGGCACCUUCAGUGGUUUUCUCACGAUCAUUGUGGGGAUCUUUUUAUUGCAUGCCUUUAAAGAUGUAAAUUUCACUCUAGCAAAUCUGCCUGUCUCCUUGCGGAAAGAUGACAGAGCAAUCAAUGGCACUCUGCCAACCACAUAUGAAUGCUUUAAUCAUGAUGAAGAAAGCUCAACCUGUGUAGGUGAAAUACAAUCCAGUGAGAAUGUCCCAUCCAGGAGAAAUGGAAGUCUGGCAGCAUUCUGAAAAUGUGUUAAGAAAAGAACAAUUUUGUAACUUUUUUUUUUUUUUUUUUUUGCUGUAAAAUGUCUGAGUUUGAGUUUGGAAGCAGAUGAUGUACUUGAACAAUAUGUACAGACAAUCGUAA